UCCCUCCCUCCUGGCUGCGCGCCCCUGCCCGGGCGGCUCCGGCUCGGCCACCGCUCCCCGCCCCGGCGCCUCCCCCCGGCUCGGGCGGGCGGAGGGGGCAGCGAGCGGCGCAGCCGGCACAGCGAAGCCACGGCCACUCCGUCCCCAUCGGGCGGCAGCGCGGAAUGAGCCUGGGCUCGGCGCCGGGCUGUCCCCCUGCCCGGCCGAGCCGCUCCCCCAUUGGCUUCCGCCGCGCCUCGCGCUCCCGAUUGGCCGAGGCGCGACAAAGGCGAGCGCUGAUUGGCCGCUGGCGCCGUCACUCGCGGCGGAGCCCCCGGAGCGCCCGCCCCCGCGGUUAUCAGGUUAGUGCGCGCCGCGGUGCUGCGCUCGGGCUUCCGAGCGGCGCUGGGCGAGCCCGAGUCCCUCCGCGCCCCGCGAUCGGGGGGCUCUGCACAGGGGUCACUGCGCCAGCCGAGCCGGGCACCCUCCGCGCCUCCCGCCAGCCACGGAAAUGGACAUGAAGAAAAGGAUCCACUUAGAGCUGCGGAACAGGACGCCCUCAGAUGUGCGGGAGCUGGUUCUGGAUAACUGCCGGUCGUACGAAGGGAAAAUCGAGGGGCUCACAGAUGAGUUUGAGGAGCUGGAAUUCCUCAGCACAAUCAACGUCGGCCUCACCUCAGUGGCCAACCUACCAAAGCUAGCCAAGCUCAAGAAGCUCGAGCUGAGCGAUAACAGAAUCUCGGGGGGCCUGGAAGUGCUGGCAGAGAAGUGCCCGAACCUCACGCACCUCAACCUGAGCGGCAACAAAAUCAAAGAUCUCGGCACAAUAGAACCUCUGAAAAAGUUGGAAAACCUGAAGAGCUUAGACCUGUUCAACUGCGAGGUGACCAACCUGAACGACUACAGAGAAAACGUCUUCAAGCUGCUGCCACAGCUGACGUUCCUGGACGGAUACGACCGGGACGACAAGGAAGCGCCGGAUUCCGAUGCCGAGGGCUACGUGGAGGGCCUGGACGACGAGGAGGAGGAUGAAGAUGUGAAAGAGCGGGACGAGAAGGAAGCAGCGGAUUCCGAUGCCGAGGGAUACGUGGAGGGCCUGGAUGACGAGGAGGAGGAUGAAGAUGAGGAGGAAUACGACGAUGACGCUCAGGUAGUGGAGGAUGAGGAGGACGAGGAGGUGUUCCGGAUGGAAUUCCCAAAAAAAAAGCUGGGAUUUGACGGGAUGUGUUUCUCUUUUCCAGAGGAAGAGCAGGGCCAGAAGAGGAAACGAGAGCCCGAGGAUGAGGGGGACGAGGACGACUGAGCGCCCCCUCCCUGGAAAAAUUCCCUCUUGUGAUUUGACUGUUUUUAUCCUGGAAUUCCCCCCUUUUCCCACAUCCCGACCCUUUGGAUUUUCCUUUUCUUUUCCUUUUUUUUUUUUUUUUUUUUUUCUUUGGUUUUUUUUUUCCGGAUUGUAACGUUGCUGUGGGAACCGAGAGGGAGCAGCGAGGGUGGGCAAGGGAAUAAAAUCCUAUUUUUACUGCCGCUCCUCCUCCGAUUCUUUGGGAAUUUCUUCCUUGGAUCCCUUCCUUGAGUCCCUGGAGCUGCAAGAGCUGAGUAGGAACCGAGCAGGAAUUCUUGGAGCGGAGCUUGGACAUCUCGGAAGCAGAACAAGGAGAAAACCAUGGAUGAGCCCGAAAUCCCAACGGGAUUUUCCCACCUCUGCCGAUCCCAAGAUCCCAAAAUCCACAGUUUUUUUUGGGAAAUGCUGCUGGAAUGGAAGCCAGGCCUGCCCAGCCCCGGGGUGGGAAUGGCGCCUUGAUCCAUGAUUUUUUUUUGGGAAUGACUGCCAUUUUCAGCCCCUUUUCCCACCUUUUUCCUGGGGAAUUCCCCGGGCUUUUCCCUCUUUGUAAAUAGUGACCAAAUGUUGGGAGUUUUUUGGGAAUGUUUUGGGUUUUUUGGGAUGGGUUUGGAGCUGGUUCUUGGGGGACUUUGCAAUCCCUACUCUGUGUGUUGUGUGUUCCCAUUUUUCCUUUAAUUUUGGGGGCAAUUCUAGGUUUUGGGGAUUUUACAUUUUUAUUUUUUGGGGGAAAUGUUUUGGGUAUUUUUUGGGAAUUUUUGUGGCUGAAGUGCAGCCAAAUCCCUGAAAAUGGCAGGCAUUUWAAAAAUAGAAAUAUAUAUUAAAAAAAAUUACAAAUUCCCAAAUUUCCCAAUCUCUAAAUUUACUGCUUGGAAUAAACCAACUCCCCCUCCUUUCCCAAUCAGGUCUCUCUGGAAUAUCCGCCCCUAAUCCAGGAGAAACCACUUGGAAAAUCCCGAUUUUCCAGCCCCAAAAGCCRGGAAUUCCAGGAAACACCUGAAAUUCCGGGAAACGCCUGAAAAUUGUAUUUUCUUACCUUGUGGGGAGGCAAAAAAAUACAGAAAAUCCUUGGGGGAAUGUAUAGCGGAACUUCCGGAUCCCUCGGGAAAAAUCCCUUUGGAAGUGACUUGUAUUUCCUAGGGAAGCUUCCAUCUGUAUAAAUCCAUCGGCUCCAGGUUUUUUUGGGGAUUUGGGGGCCCUGUCUGUUUGGCAUUGAGGAAUUUCAAUAAAGCUUUUGAUACAAA